AUGACAACUGCUAGAAUCUGCGAAUUCAAUAAGAAAUUUAAUACUAAUUUUCAAAUAUAUAUGCCCAAACAUAGACAUUUUCAACCAAAGAAAGUAACCGAAGAAUUAGAUUGGGUUUUGUAUUUACACAAAGAACAUUUCUGUUUGAUAAGAAGAAAUAACAAAGCUUUGGGCAUUAAAGAAAUAGAAGAUAAUUACGAUGAAAACGUAUGGAGAACUUGUGAAGAUGAUAAUGCGGUAACGCAAGUUUCACCUCUAAAACUAAACGUUUUUCCAACCAUUCCCGAUUAUUGUUUAUACGCAUGGGAUUGCGAAACCUAUUGCGAAAAAGAAACGAAUAAAGCCAUUCCUUAUUGUUGUACUUUAGUCAAUUUAGAAAAACUGAGGAAAAGAUUAGAUGAUUAUAAUAAUUACUUAAGUGAUUUAAGUGAUUUUAAUGAGAAUUUAGAUUUUAAGCCGUCAGAUCCCAUUUCAGAAGAAUAUUACAACAUACUCAUGACUAAUAUAGUAGAAAUAUUUGUAGGUACAGAUUGUAUAGAUCAAAUGUUACAACGUUUAGGAAAAGUAGAUCAGAAAAGACUAACCUUAAUUUCCCAUAACGGCAGUGGUUCUGAUAACUGGAUCAUGAUCAAAAACGUAAAAAAACAAACACAAUUCCCUUUAAAAACAGCUAGAGGAAUUCAUUCUCUACCUUUAACUAAUUCAUUCACUGAUGAAGAUUUACAGAAAAAAUGGAAAAGACAGAAAGAAAUAAAGGAAUACAAUGAAAGUAACACUGAAGGAAUAAUAGAUUUAUUCAAAGAAUACAGUGUUAACCCAGAAGAUAAAACGGAAGUUCGCGCUAAACUCAAAGAACUGGACUAUUCUAAACUGAUGGCAUUUGACGCUAAUGGGUUGUACGCUUCCGCCAUGACAGAAGGUGAAUAUCCUAAAGCGGAAAGUGCAAGAGCGUUUCUACCAGAAGAAGAAAAAGAAUUUGUAAAACUCUUCAAUAAACAAAAAUUCAGACCUAGAACUGCUAUUUUAAAAGUCUGGUUUGAAUAUCCCAAAAACAUGUUCUUUCAACCCAUACCAGCUAAAGAUAAAAUAACUUUUACGAAUAGAAUAGGUAAGAAGGAAACUGGCACUAAAAUCAGGUUCAGAAAUGGUUUCUGUCACGACGUUUUAACAUCGGUUGAUAUUCAAGAAAUAGUGAAAUCCGGUGGUAAAAUUAUUAGAAUAUUAGAUGGUAUAGUAUACGAAGAAAAUUUUAAAACUCCACCAUACAGAGAUUAUAUUUUAAUUUUGAAGGAAUUAAGGAAUAAAUACAAAAAAGAAGGUGAUAUGGUUGCUAGUAAUUGCAUGAAAUUAUUAGGUAAUUCCUUAUACGGUAAAUCUAUUCAGAAGGAUAUAAAUACAUCGAGACAUCUAUGGAGUGAAUCGACUUUUAAAGCCAACUUCGAUUCACACGUCAAAAGCUAUGAAAAAGUAAAUGAUAGUCAAUAUAUAGUUGAGAUGAAUGAAGAAGAAAAAGAGUUUGUUCCUCCAAAGGAUUUUACUAGAUUAACACCCGCUCAUUUAGGUGCAUUUAUAUAUAUUAUCUCACAGUAA